AUGGCAGCCAAUACCCGAUAUGAGCCUGCUCCGCAACGGGACUCCUUCGAGGACCAUCAAUACACCCAAGCUCCCCCGUCUUACCAGGCUACUGCUGAAUCUGCACCACGUACCGAGUACGACAACCUUCCCGAUGACUUCAGGUUUGGUGGUAAGGUCGCAGAAGCGACCAUCGACAUCCGCAUGCAGUUCGUUCGCAAGGUUUAUUCGAUCCUGACUGCGCAAAUCCUCCUGACGACUAUCAUGAGCUCUGUCUCCUUUUUCAGCACUUCCUACCGCGACUGGAUCAAGGGUAACCCAUGGCUGCUGAUUCUCUCAGUCUUUGGCGCCCUGGGGUUCAUGCUUGCGACUUUCUGGAAGCGCAAGUCCUACCCCGCCAACUUGCUUUUCCUUUCCGCCUUCACCCUUCUCGAAGCCUAUUCGAUCAGCGUGGUCACCUCGUUCUACGAUAGCCGAGUCGUCGUGCAAGCGCUUGUCCUCACUUUGGGCAUUUUCGUGGCGCUGACCCUGUUCGCGUGCCAGACAAAGUAUGAUUUUACCAACUGGAUGCCGUACCUGGCAGGCGCGCUUUGGUUUAUGAUCCUGUUCGGCUUCGUGGCCAUGUUUCUCCCCUUCAACAGCGGUCUGGAAAUGGUCUAUGGUGUUGUUGGCGCACUCGUUUUCUCGGGAUACAUUCUCGUGGACACUCAGAUGGUCAUGCGUCACUACCAUGUCGAGGAGGAGAUUGCUGCGUCCAUUUCGCUUUACCUGGAUGUGCUCAACCUGUUUUUGUCUAUCCUGCGCAUUCUGAACAACCAGAACAACAACUAA